AGUGGUAUACUAUCCAGCUCCAUUAAGAGAAUGGCUUCGUCUAUAACUUUAGUUUGUGAGUCAGAGGCUUCGUCUGCGCACGCGACCGUGCGAUAAGUAAAGAGGCUUAAAGACGAGCUUCGCGGUUUGAUACAUUUUCGAUAAAUGUGUUAAAAAUAAUUAGUGCAAAAAAAAUAAAUAAAUCAGUCGAAAUGAGAAAAACAAUUUCAUUGCUGUUACUGGCGGUAUUAAUUUCGCAGACAUAUUCCGCUCCGCAGUUCAUUACCUUUAGCGAUGGAAAACUUGGAGUAAAUUUUGGUGGUUAUCAUGCUGGUGUUGGUCUUGGAGGCUUAUUAGAUGGCGGUGCUGGGGGAGGAUUAUACGCUGAAGCGGGCACUCCAACCGGCCAGUCGGCAAGAGCAGGCCUCGGUGGAGUUGUUAGCGAAAAUGGAGGCGCAUCAGGAGGUCUAUAUGCGGGGGCGACAGCUGGUGGAAAUAUAAAAGCAUCAGCUGGACUUGGCGGUGGAGUAACAGCUGAGAAAGCAGCAGGUGCAGGAUAUGCUUCGGCUCAAGCUGGCAACAACUACGCCGCGGCUGGAAUGGGUGGGGAAUCAUCAGUAGCCGGAUCAUCAGAUUUUUCUUUUUCGGGCCAACACGAAGUAGUUGUUCCAGUACAGACCGUUGAAGUUAAACCAAUACAUAAAUCGGUUCAUGCGGAAUUUAACCUUGAUGCUAUUAAUGAAGUAAAACCUUUACAAAACGUGCACACCGAAGUAAACACUGAUAUUGAAAAAAAAGUUGUACAUGAAACUGUACAACCAGUCGUCGUUAAAGAAGUGAGUAAUAUUUGGAGUCCGCUAGUUGGAGCGAGUGAACCUAUCCAUUUAUUAGAUGAUAUUCAAUUUGCUAUCAAUUCCAUUUUUAAUUUGGCAAUUACAGCAGGUUUUAAUCACAAAUCAAGGGUACAAUCGCAUCAAAAUUUCGAUAAUCUUUUACCUCAGGUAUAUGUGGAACCAGAAACUACUAAAGUAGUACAUAAAGAAAUCAUUCGUACACAUCACAAACCCCGUCGCCAUCAUUUCCGCAAAACAGCUUUUCUAGGCGGAUAUAUUGGAGGUCAAGGCGAUAUUGUGGGACCAACCGUUUAUAAAACUGUAGAACCGCAAAUUCAAAAGAGAAUAGAUGUUAGUGCAGAAUCUUCAGUUAAUACUGGUGCUGAAGCUUCUGUUAACGCCGGUGCAGCAGUAGGAGGUUAUCAUGCAGGCGGUGUGGGCGCCAGUCAUACUUACACAAAACAAAUAACUUAUCAAAGGAGUCCCACAUUCUUCGCGGAUAUUUUUAACAUUCCGAUAUCAACACUAAAGGCAGUUGGUAGCUUUUUAGGAAAUACCGCAGCGAACACUAAUAUUUCCGUACAAAAAUCAGCGAGUGUACAUGCAGAAUCGAAAUCAUUAACAACUGAUCCAUCAUCGUCCUCUCUAUCAUCGUCAUCAUCAGCUCAUGUUUCUGUUGAAACACCGAGCGCUUCAAAAUUCAUUGAUGAUAUUUUCGCUAUACCAAUCAACACUCUCGGCGCUGUUAACAAAUUCCUAGAAAAUAAUGUUACGGGAAAGAAAAAUGUUCAGAUAGCUGAAGACGGAGCAGUCAGAUCACUGAAGCCUAGGCUUGGACCUCAUGCAAGAAGACGAGCCAACAAGCAAGCUGUAGUUAUUCAAGAAGAAAUACCACAAGUAUCUGACAUAAAAAACUAAGGGUGUGAGGUUAACACGUUAUAUGAUAGACUUGUGAAAAAAAUAUAGUAAAUAAUGCGUUGUGAAGUACAA